CGGACGCUCCUCGGACCCCCCUGGUGUCCCCCUCCCGGGCAGCUCCUCUCGGGUCCCGGUUCCGCUGGCCUGCGGCUCAGUCUGGUGUGGUCUCGGCAGGGGGUCUAUGUCCGUCCCGGGUAUCCGGUGAAACUGAGUACGGACACGCGAUCUGGGGUUAGCCCCGGCCCCGGGGUCGAGUUCUCUGGUACAGGCCGGGCCGCGGCCCUUCCUGCCCGCCCUGUCCCCGGCCACGGGACCCGCUGGCGGCUGAGGUCGCACCUUCACUCCCUUCCCCGGACGUAGGUGUGUGACCGAGGAGCCCCUCAGUGUGCCCGGACUCGCCUGUGCCAUGGUGACGGAGCAGGAGGUGGAGGCCAUCGGCCGAACGCUCGUGGACACGGCACAGCCCUUGCCCACCCGGUUUCGGGCCCUUUUCACUUUGCGAAACUUAGGCGGCCGCGUGGCUGUGGAGUGGAUCAGCCGCGCCUUCGGAGACAGCUCGGCGCUGCUGAAGCACGAGCUGGCCUUUUGCCUGGGCCAGAUGCAGGAUGAGGCGGCCAUCCCGGUGCUCAUCCGCGUGCUGGAGGACACGGCCCAGGAACCCAUGGUCAGGCAUGAGGCAGGUGAAGCCCUGGGUGCUAUCGGGAACCCCAGUGUGCUGGAUAUCCUGAAACGCUAUUCCCAGGAUCCUGUCAUUGAGGUGGCAGAGACGUGUCAGCUGGCCGUGAGGAGGCUGGAGUGGCUGCAGAACAACAGGGAGAAGGCAGGCACCAGCCCGUACCUCUCUGUAGAUCCUGCUCCCCCUGCUGAGGAGACAGAUGUUGCCAAGCUCCGGGAGAUCCUUCUGGAUGAGUCCCAGGAACUGUUUGACCGCUACCGGGCCAUGUUUGCCCUGCGGGAUGUGGGGGGCCAGGCUGCUGUGCUGGCUCUGGCAGAAGGGCUGGGCUGCAGCAGCGCGCUGUUCCGCCAUGAGAUCGGGUACGUGCUGGGGCAGCUGCAGGACGAGACGUGUGUCCCUCAGCUGACGGCUGCGCUGCGCAGCCGCACUGAGAACCCCAUGGUCCGGCACGAGUGCGCGGAGGCGCUGGGCUCCAUCGCCCGGCCCUCCUGCCUGCGGGCCCUGCGCACCUUCGCCGGCGACGAGGAGCGUGUGGUGCGCGAGAGCUGCCAGGUGGCCCUGGACAUGUACGAGUAUGAGAACAGCACCCAGUUCCAGUACGCCGACAGGCUCUGCAAGCUGCAGGCCUCCUCCUAAGCCUGGACUGGGGGCACUGAGGCUGAGCUGCUACUUGCCUUCCCACCACUCCUCGCCAGCCACUGUUUCCUGGAUCUGCCCCUUUUUCCUGCCAGGAUCAGCACUCCCUAUGCACAGUGUGGCUUGGGGCUUGGACCGG